AUGGAGGACGUUGAUUCAAUUCGCAAGGAGAGCAGGAAACGGAAAUAUGAGGGCUUAACCGAGGAACAAAUCGCGGAAAAGAAAGCUAGGAAACGAAUUAAAAAAGAGUUAGCAGAUGCUAGUUAUGGGGAAAAUCUUGCUAACGUUGAUGAAAACGCGAAUGAUGAUGAAGUAGAGAUAAUUAAAGAAAAAAAGAGCAAAAAGAAGGAAAAGGGAGAUCGGAAAGUGAAGCUCGAACCAGCUGAUGAGCCUCAGGCUGACGCAGUAUCGGGAGGAGAAGAAGAAGAAGCUGAAGGCCCUGUUAAUGGCAAGGUCAAAGUUUUAAAGACAAAACUUCCAAUUAAUGUCUUAGCGGUCAAAAUGAUUUCGUUUGAUGAAUGCCAACGAAUGGCCAAAGAGAAUGCCAACUGUGGAAUGGUCAUAGUGAAAGAGAAGCGUCAUUUCGCAUUGUCUUACCAUUUACUUGGAGGAAAUGUGAUGAAGUCAAUUGAUUUCAUCCUCAAUCAAUCAGUUGGAAAAUAUAGGAGUGUCGUGAGAGGUGUAGUCAUUGCCGUACAUGGUGCUAAGUUAAUAGGAAACCCUAGAGUCAUUGACGAUCAUGCCGUGUUUCACUGUUAUGCAAAAGUGAAACAAGCAGUCUUUCAGCCUAUUUCGAACCAGAAUUAUGAGUGUGUGGUUAAGCACAUCUCAAAUGAUUACAUAUCAGCUCUGAUUUUGGGUGCCAUUUCCAUCACCAUGCCGCGAGACAAGAAUUUCCGCGAAAACCUUCGAGGUGUAUCAUUAGAGAUGGGAGACACCGUUUUGGCUAAGUACACUGGCAUUUCUAUAAACCGUGGACUCUGUUCUCUCAGAGGGAACUUCUUGAAGAUUGUUAAGAAAGGAGAGAAGAAGGAGAUAAAGGACGAGAUGCCUGCGGUCAAAGUGAACACAUCUACUAAGUUCGUUGACACAGACAAUGAGUCGGAAUAA